CCCGUUUGUGCCCCUUCCCCUCGGCUUCAUGGCAGCGGGACGCGCCGCAAGCGUCGGCUCAAAGGCCGAGCGACAAACUCUGCACAUGAGGGGCGUUGCAAACGACAUGUGAGAGCGCGCAACGGAUACAAAGUAGACGCCGUCCAGGAAAACCUAGAGAAAAACGUGGAUUUUAACGUGAAGAACCCCUUCAUAUUACAUCUUUAGAAGCAGUGCGGCGAUCCAAAGCAGGUGCCUACAGUCUUCUUACCGAGCCGCGCCGCUGUCAUCUGCUAACAAUUGAAGCGCUCGUGUCUUGUGGUUGUUGUCGCGCGGCGUCUAAAGGCAUCGUUGUUUUUAUUUGUCACUUCACUUGCGUGUUUCGGUCGCGCUUGUCCUUGUAUAUGGACAAGAAACGUCCGUUCAAAUCUUCAUUACAAUAAUUAUUAAGUCAUUAUACAUGCUUGGUUUACCAAGUAAUACUACAAGAGGAAAAAGGAAUACUUUGAAGUAGGUUGUAGGUGUGAUUAAUUUUGUGGGCACCACGUGAAGGGGGCGCAACCAUCGUUAAGAGGGCGCACCCGCGGGAUAUGAUCCUGUAUCGAACACACUCAAAAACUUCGACCAGAGCAUUGGACCUUUUGGGAGUCUACUUUAAUUCAACAACGAUUAAAACCUGCCAUAUGACAGCAAAACCGACAGCAAACUAGAAGAGAUGCCAGAAUGAUAUUGAUUUCUGUUAUUUAAAUUACAAACAGUUUGAUUUAAACCUCUUUUGUUUACAUGUUUUAAGAGGAGCCUUCAUUCAGUUGCACGUUAUUUUGUAAUCGAAUGCAUUGGGUUUGUGCAGUGUUGGACAGUUUGAUUCAAACCAAUUUGGUUACAUUUUUGAAGAGGAGAGCCCAUCACUACAAUUGACUCACCACCAGCCAAUUGGUUUUCUGAUACCGGUGAGCAUGGCAGUAUUAUGGGAUGACCCGUUCACAUUGCUGUGGAGACGGACUGUAAUCUAUUCCGUUCUGAUGAUGUUGAUGAGUGGCGCAUGCACUUUUGGAGAUGGAGACUUCAGUGGAGAGUCAUGGCUGCGAAUGUAUGGCUACCUCCCGCAGGCCAGCAGGCAGAUGUCCACCAUGCGCUCGGCUCAAAUCCUGUCGAAUGCCAUCAGUGACAUGCAGCGCUUUUAUGGCCUGGAAAUCACUGGAGAGUUGGACCCAAUCACCAUUGAUGCCAUGAAGAGACCCCGCUGUGGCGUCCCAGACAAGUUUGGGGGUCAAAUCAAAACCAAUGUGCGGCGGAAGCGUUAUGCUCUCACAGGCCACAAGUGGGACAAGACUCACUUAACUUUCAGUAUUCAGAACUACACCCCUAAGAUCGGGGAGUACAACUCAUAUGAAGCCAUCCGGAAGGCCUUCAAGGUGUGGGAGAAGGUGACGCCACUCACAUUCGAUGAAAUCCCUUUUCUGGAGGUCAAAUACGGCCGUCGAAAGGAGCCCGAUAUUAUGAUCUUCUUUGCCUCUGGUUUCCAUGGUGACAGUUCACCGUUUGAUGGAGAGGGAGGUUUCCUGGCACAUGCCUACUUCCCGGGUCCAGGGAUGGGUGGAGAUACUCACUUUGACUCUGACGAGCCAUGGACCAUUGGCUCACAAAACCUACAGGGUAAUGAUCUGUUCCUGGUAGCUGUGCAUGAGUUGGGCCAUGCCCUUGGACUGGAACACUCCAAUAAUCCCUUGGCUAUUAUGGCUCCUUUCUAUCAGUGGAUGGACACGGAAAACUUUGAGCUUCCUGAAGAUGAUCUCCGUGGGGUUCAGCAGAUUUACGGACCCCCUAGCAGUUCUCCCACCCAGGCUCUCCCCACGGUGACCCCUCGGCGACCAACCCAGCCUGACCCCAGGUACCCUCCUAAGAACCCUCCCGGAGCCCCUCCCCGUCGGCCGGAAAGGCCUCGCACCACUGACCGCCCAGAUAACUAUGGCCCGAACAUCUGUGAAGGCAAUUUUGACACGGUCACCGUGCUCAGAGGAGAGAUGUUUGUUUUUAAGGGUCGCUGGUUCUGGAGAGUGAGGCGGAACCGAGUACUGGAUAACUACCCCAUGCCUAUCGGACACUUCUGGAGGGGUCUGCCGGGAGACAUUGAUGCAGCGUAUGAACGGCAUGAUGGCCGAUUUGUGUUUUUCAAAGGAAGCCAGUACUGGUUGUUCAGGGAAGCCAACCUGGAGCACGGUUACCCUCAAGAGCUGAUGGACUACGGCCGAGGUAUCCCCUACGAUAAGAUAGAGACGGCCAUCUGGUGGGAGCCUUCUGGAUUCACUUAUUACUUCAAAGGAGACUGGUACUGGCGCUUUAAUGAGCACUCUCGAGCUGCAGAUCAGGACUACCCUAAACCAAUUAGUGUGUGGGGCACUUCUGUGCCGUCCUCUCCCAAAGGAGCCUUCCUCAGCGAUGAUGGAGCUUAUACGUACUUUUACAAGGGUACAAAGUACUGGAAAUUCGACAACCACAGAAUGAAGAGUGAGCCGGGCUACCCGAAGUCCAUUCUGAGAGACUUCAUGGGCUGUAAUGUGGACCUCGAUCCCGACCGAGACACAGACGUGGACCCGGGACGCAAGUGGCCUGAACGCCCACCUUUUAACCCGGAUACAGGGCGAGACAAAGACAAGGAAAAGGACAAAGAGCGGGACAACACUAAUGAUGUUGACCACAAAGAAGAGACUGAAGAUGAAACAAAUGAGGUGGAUGUAGUUUUGAAGAUAGACGAGACGGAGCGCACCUUGAAAAUCAUCAUGGUGACGGUACCGCUGGUCCUGGUGCUGUGCAUCUUAGGAUUGAUCUACGCUAUCAUUAAUACACUACAGAGGAAAGGAGCACCCAAGUAUUUAGUACACUGCAGACGUUCACUGCAGGAUUGGGUUUAAACCCUCACGAUGCCCCGUAAACACUCACUCAUACACUGUGUCCUAACCAAACACGACAUGAUUCAAGAUUCCAGCGACAAGCAGUUUGUUCAUCCACACUGAAAGCAAAACUGCAGCAUGACGCCACACAAUCAAAGCCAAUCGGAACAUAUUUGAUGGUUAAUGUGCAGUUAUGAGAAGCAGGAUUUUGAGAGUUCACCGAUUGGCGGGGCUACGCAACACGACUGACAAAAUGCCUUGUGCUUGUCAUGGUCAUGGCUGGUUAAAACAUUUAAGUGAGAGCUUUUAUUGUUUGUCACCAUAUUUUGUUGAGUCUCGUUAGGACACUCUGUUUCAUGUUCGCUCUGUACACACUUUACUUCCCUUCCCAUGGUGCUCUCCUAACAUGAUGACUAGUAUAUUUAUAUUGGAAAUUUUGCACAUUGAUUUCGUUGUUCGGGUUUCGUAUUCAUAAUAAUCAUUUGAUUAAUUUUUUUGUGGGUUUCUCAAUGUCUUUUUUAGAUGUAACAAUUAGUUACCUAGAUCUACAAUCACUGUGUAUAAGAGCAACUGACAAGCAGAUAUUUCACAUCUUGCAGAGGAAAAAUAGAGGAAAAAGGAUGUUGAGGAUGGAAUAUCUCUUCUAGGAAUAUUUCUACCUACGUUCAUCUUUUCCCAUGUAUCUCAGCUGUGGUCUUCCAGCAGACUGCGCAAGUUAUAAUAUACUUGGUGGAAAUCCAGACUAGGAUUUCCAUGUUCCUUUCCUUUGUUCUUUUUUUUUUUCUCAUUUAACGUACUUGAGAAGGGGUGUGGUAUUGGAAUAGUUCACCUAAUUGCCUACAUUACCUGCAAUAACUCAAUCUAUCAUUGAUUGGUUUGCACCCAACUUAUUUGGUAUCUUCUGUGAUUUGAUAUCACACUAUGUUGGAAAUUCUGGUGCAGAUUUUCUACAUAUUAGUAAAGACAAUACAGUAUUAACUGUGGCCAUUUACAUCAUAACUAUAUUAUAGUAUGUCCACAAAUGUUUUUAAGUCAUCCAGGUCGGUAUAGAAUGUCAAGUAAACUAAUUCACAAGCAACUGGACUUGGUUAGCCAACCAGUAAAUUGCAUUUCAUUGAGUUUUACCUGAUACUCCAUAGCUCUUUGUUUCGACAUCAUAAAACAGGGACUUUUCUGUGGAUUUUGCCUACCUUGCAUGACCAUAAAAAAAAUCACAUUUUAUUGCCUUGCUGAACCACUUAUUCUUUUGUUUUAAAAAUUGUGCCUUGGUCCUGCCAACCAAAUGUGUUUUCUGUGGUUUCGUUCAUAUUUGUAGAGCCCUUUUGACCACUUUCUUUUAUCUCCACAAUGGUUCAGUGAUACUGCGGUGAUUGAAAUAUUUUAUUGCCAUUUGUCAUUUCAGUUGCUUUCAUUUAUGACAGAAAGGCAGCAUACUUCGUAGGGGUUUCUGAAAAUCUUUAGGCUUUGGAGGCUCUUCUAGAGGAAUAUCUUCUAGUACCUUUUGCUGAUGCAGGAGCCAUUCGCUGAGUGUAUAUGCAUAUUUAUAUAACAGCUUUACAUUGUUAAAUCAAAAGAACAUAUGAAAAAGAACUAUAAAAUGCAUACCACUAGCUUGCACCAAUUUAAAACUCCGUAAAAUAUACUCAAGUAAGCUUCUUGGGGCCCAAUUAUAAAUAAAAAGCCUUAGAGGGGCCCACUGUUGCCUUCAUGUAGGGACUGUUAGAUAAUCCUCUCAUUUUAAAAACAGCAGGGGGUGAAAUGCACUGUUACCUCUUCGAACCCCAACCCAAAGAAAUACCACUCUCGUCGACACUGCUAGGUGGACGAAGACAAGAGAGAAAGAAGCACAGAUAACUCUGUGAGUUCAAAAGGAAAGGGUUAAGAUGGAGAAACUCUAUCUCCAAAGUCUUUCAAGAGGGAUUACAGUGUGUUAGUACAGAUGAUGAGCUAGACUGUAUUACAGUGAUGGGGCAGAUUUCAAGAGUGGGAGAGCAGUAUACAGGCACAGCUGGGAUAAACCCUCUGCCAGCUCCCUUAAGGCUGAAACAUUCUCUAUACAAGUACAUGAAUGCAAACAACAUCCACUAUGGUACCUUGGUGUAGCAUGUUCUGUAAAUACCAUGGUAUAUUACUUGGGUUAAGGCUAGGGUUUACUUUGUUUUUCUGUGUGCUGUUCGGUCUUGCGCACGUUCGAGCGUUCAGCCUUUCAAAGUGUACUCUUGACCGCAAUCUCAUACGGACUCUUUUUGUACAGUCAAUGAUGCACAGACUAGGACUGUCCAUGUGCAGCUUAGUUUUUCUCCUCACAUGGACAGUCCACGCACACUGUGCUGAUGACAAAACUUGCGUUGUGCGCACUGUGCACAAGAUGUACCGGCAUGCGGUAAAUCAAAGAAUACUUUGGCCAUAAUCAUUCAGUACCAAUGUAUACAGGGCCAGAUCAUGUUCCCAUGAAGCCUCCAAGCACACAUCUUUGGAGACUUACCCCCCCAUUACCACCCCUAGUGGUAGUCCACUUUUCCUACAUUAAGCGACAAGAGUGAUUUUGGCUAAAAACUAAAUUGCAAACAUGUUUCCAGCUACGCAAGCUCAAUUUUGUCAGCGCAAUUCUUAAAAGAUGACUUCUCACUAGUCGACUUUUUAGUCGUAAGUUUCUUUUACAUAAUCGCUGGCCAGUCAGACGGAGUCAGAGCUCGCAUUAGCAUCUGACAGUGGAAGGUCGGUAAGUCCUUAAAUCAAAAGGCUACAAAAGCUGAUGAGUUUGAAAAAAUCGUUCAGUUGCUGGGACAGGCUCUUUUAGUCUCAUCAAGUGACCAGUGAGCUGCUGCUUUAACUGAAGAAUUGACAAGAUGUCAUGCUCUGAUCUGAACGUCAGUAAGUGUGACACCCUCUGCCAAAAUCGAGUUGUUUGGAGUCGGCUAGUGAGAUGCCUGCUUAACUCGGCACAAGUAGUGCAACAGUAAGCAUUUGCAUACAUUUUUUCUUUCAGGUCAACUACUACCAUGGCAGAGCAAGAGUUAGGGACUAACAAAAGUUAAAGUCGGCAUGUUUGUAGCUCGUUAUCUGAAUAACACAUCUGUUAUAAAAGGUGAAAUGUGUAAUUUCUGCACUACUAAUGCCACCAAACAAAAUUGCAAAAAUAAUGAUUGUUUCAACUAACUGCUAAACACUCCUGGACAAAAAGAUAUUGAAGUUGCAGAUUGCAAUUUUCUUUUGGUGCCACAGAGUUUUUUUUUUUUUUUUAACCACAACAGUGUUUAAGGAUGUACAAUGGAACAAUAUGCAAUGCCUUGGCCAAGCAUUCCCAUCUGCGUUUGCUUACUUGCAUAGAGUAUAUUUCUGGCCUGAGCUGGUUGGUAAGCAGUAUGUGUGUCAAUGCCAUCCCUUUAUGAGAGCUUGCUGGCACACUAUCCCACAGCCCACAUUGCCAGGGUCUGCAGGUUAUUUUUGGAACACUUUCUUAGACCGGCAGCGGAAAUAGGAUUCCAGUUUCAUUCACAAAUUUUUAGUGUGCUGAUGUGAUCCACAAGGCAAAGUUAACAAACUAGGUAAGUUCCCUAACAUUGUAGGAUAUAACUGCCAUUAGGUAGUUCUGUGUUUGCUUUGUGUUAUACUUUGCUUAGUCUAGUGUCUAACCUUAAACUCGGCAUAGUAUACUCAGACGUGGCCUAGAGAAACAAAUCGUCGCCACUUUUUAAAAGUGUCUAUGAAAAAUUUCAGUCAUUUGGCCUUCGCAAUAAGCGUAAGAGUUUUGCAAAGAAAGAGAGAUGUGGAGGAGAGUGGUAUUAUAAAUAUUGCCCUGUCAGACAAGGUAGAGCAGAAAGCACUUUGAUAAAUAUUAUUGAAAGAGUAGAGGAGACGGGACAGUCAUGACCUGAAUGCCGUCACUGUUUAAUCCAGCCGAAUACCGUUGCCAGGCAAUGUCAGUCCCCCCUCGCAGUGCUCAGAGGAGAGUUAAUCAGACAUAAAAGCUCUUCCACCUCUCCCUCGACGACCUCUGCCUUCCCCUUCUUAUGCCCAGAUCAAUGAAGAAUACAUAAACAGGCUUGAAGGAUAUCUGAAAAGCAGCUUGCUCUCGCAUACUCUCAGGGGCUCACUCAAGCCUUAUUCCCAUUUUGUUCCCACUAUGACCCUUUCUUUUGUCCCUCCUUUAUGCCCAUGUUCACUCCAGAGGCUUUUUAACCUAAUCUAACACUUAAAGUAUCAUGCUAUUACCAUGAUAUUUUAGACAUGGCAUGUUUUGUGGACACUACCAUGAUUGUAAUGCCAUUUACCAUGCAAAUGUUAUGGUGCAUGAUGAUAUUAUUCAUGGUGUCUGAUCGCCACAGUUCUUUUUUUAUUUUAUUUUUUAUAGUACGAGUCUAGAAGGCAUAAAAGUGCAUUACUUUGUAUGCUUGUUUCUAAUUCUAAUAAUUGUCUUUUUCAUUUUCAUAAAUAAGAAGUGUGACUUAACAAUGAUUGUGGAAGAUAAUGACUAAUGAAUAAUCAAAACAGUCUGUUUGGUUUUUGUGUUUGAUAGAAUGUGAUACUGUAGUUUUAUAGCGUUUUCUCCAUCUUGAAUCAACUCCUGGCCAAGUUUAGGACUGGCUCUGAUAACAAUGGCCCCUCUCUCUUUCUGCAUUAUUGUCCUGCACACUGCUUCUGGCUAACAGGAAGAUGGACUGGGCCCUCAGCCAGUGCCACAAAGCUUCCUCCCACAGGCAUUGCAUUCUAAACAACAGCCUCUGUUCAGAAGGCUUUGAGUGUGAAUUACGGACGUUGGCUGUUGUGGUCACACCUUUCUCAUAAACGCAGCUCAGGACCGUGCUAGUUUGUGUGCCGGUGGGUUUUUCAUUGCAGGUUAAUGAGGUCUGACCACCCAAAUGGUCUGUUCGAUGUGAGGUCUGGUACAGUCACACAGCAGAUGUGUUCCAAAAUCUAGUCAGCAUUUUAAAGAAUAUUCCGGUUUCAUUACAAGUUAAGCUCAAUCGACAGCAUUUGGAGAAUAACGUGGAUUAAUAAAAAAAUGAAUUUCGACUCAUCCCUCCUUUAAAAAAAAAAAAAAAAGCAACAAAAAAGAAAAAUGGUUAUAGUGAGGCAUUUGCAAUGGAAGUGAAUGGGGUCAGUCUGUAAAUGUUAAAAUACUCACUGUUUGAAAAGUAUAGCCACAAGGCUUAAACAAUAUGCAUGUUAACAUGAUUUGAAAAAUGCAGUUCCAGUGUGGAUGAGAGACGUAAACUUUGCAAAACCAAUGGGCUUUCAACCCAAAAAUGUAUUAGUGUUGAUGUGGCCUAAGAUACCUCAUUUUGGCCAAAUUCUGAGGCUGCGUUGAAUGUAUUCUUCGUGGAAAACACAAUCCCAGAAUUUGUUGCGAUAAGCAAUUAACCCAAGAUGCCAGACAAGAGAGUCAAGGGAAAUAUAGUAUACUUACAUUUAAUUGAUAAAAAAUAGUUCAAUCUAAUUAAAAUAGACAACUUUACCCAAUACUUCUGUGUGCUGUGUAUUUUUAUGCUUUUUAGAGCAUUGCUUCAUUAGCUUAGCAACAUGCUAACACCAACCUCUGUUGGAAUCAACAGAGUUGAGUCUCUCAAUUUCAAUUCAGUCUCUAGUGAGGUUCCAUUUCAGUUUGGAAGGCAGCUGCCUAUGUAGGCAGAAAUUUAGCUCACUAGGGAUUGAAACUAAACCCAUGUUAACACUAAUCUAUUUGAAACCUCCAUUUUUUGUUUCCUAACGUCAUGGUAUUCCAAAGUAUGCGGUUUUAGAGAGCGUCUUCAAACGCUCCAUUUUCGGUGCAGGAAAACGUAUUCUAGUUUGGAUGAGAGGCGUAAACAUAGCAAAAUGUAUGCAUUUUCAAACAAAAAUGUAUUAGUGUUGACGUGGCCUAAAAUGCGCAGAGUGUCUUUUCUGUAUGUGUGUUCUCCUGAUAUAAACUUGAGCUUUGAUCAUAGGUGCCUCUAAAAACAUCCGUCCAACCCAUUUAUUAACCACUUCAUGAUUAAACUGCAGUCAUUGUUAGUUCACUGAACAAUUUAACCACAAAGGUCAAGUCAAUAAUAUUGUCUUCAGCUUUGUGGAAACAGCUAAGUAGAAUGAGACCGAGACAGUGGGUGUUUAUGACUGAAUUCUCCUGUGUCAAUGGUGGAUACAAUGUAAGAUCAGCCCAUUAUGACAAUGGGUCUGAGCAUGCAUCCUGUCUUAAAGGGAAUCUCAUUUUACAAACAUGCUGUGUAAUACUCAACAAAGCAAUUUCAGACAGAAUAUAUACAAAUCCUAGUAACAAAUCUCUAACAUUUAAAGCAGUGCUGUCAAUGUUGUGCACAAACCUGUGCUGUAGUGUUUUUCUUAAACACCUCAUUACAUCAUUACUUUAUUAAUGAUGGUAAAAUUAAAUUUAAUUCAUUUGUAUUUUCUGUUUAUCUUAAAUUACUUAUUUUUGAAAUUGUAAAUUUUUACCUUGUUAAUAACAUUCCGAUUGGUGUGUUGAUUUUUUUGUUUUCAUGUAGAAACAGGAUUUUAUACAUUUGUGUGUGAUGUUCAUCUUCUGAGUGUGAUUAACGAUCCAUGCUGGACAUGUAAUAGGUAAUAAAAUAAAAAAAUGUUAAAAGAA